AUAUUAUCUCAUUUGAUCCUCACAACAGCCCUGUGAGAACUCUAAGGUUGGAAAACUUAAGAAGAAUUGUUACUGUUGACCAUACUAAAUUUUGUGCCUUGGACAUCUGUGCUAAGUGUAGGACCCUGCACCAAGUACUAAGUGAUUACCAUGGGCCUACUUGCAUUUCUGAAGACUCAGUUUGUUGUACACCUGCUCAUUGGGUUUGUCUUUGUCGUAAGCGGGUUUAUCAUUAACUUCAUCCAGCUAUUCACCCUAGUCCUCUGGCCUAUCAACAAGCAAUUUUACCGAAAAAUAAAUUGUCGGCUUUCCUACUCACUAUGGAGCCAGUUAGUCAUGCUUCUGGAAUGGUGGUCAGGCACAGAAUGUACUUUAUUCACAGAUCAGGAAACGAUUAACAAAUUUGGAAAAGAGCAUGUGGUCAUCAUCCUUAAUCACAACUUUGAAAUUGACUUCCUAUGUGGCUGGACCAUGUGUGAACGAUAUGGUGUGUUGGGGAGCUCUAAAGUCCUGGCAAAGAAAGAACUGCUUUAUGUGCCCCUUAUUGGCUGGACGUGGUAUUUUCUAGAGAUUGUAUUCUGCAAAAGAAAAUGGGAAGAAGACAGGAAUACUGUUAUUGAAGGAUUAAAACGUUUGUCUGACUAUCCUGAAUACAUGUGGUUUCUUUUGUAUUGUGAAGGAACACGAUUUACAGAGAAAAAACAUCAAAUUAGUAUGGAAGUGGCUGAAUCCAAAGGAUUACCCAAACUCAAAUAUCAUUUGUUGCCCAGAACCAAAGGCUUCACUACUGCAGUCCAGUGUCUCAGGGGAACAGUUGCAGCAGUCUAUGAUGUAACACUCAAUUUCAGAGGAAACAAGAAUCCAUCAUUACUAGGGAUCCUAUAUGGAAAGAAGUAUGAAGCAGAUAUGUGCGUGAGGAGAUUUCCUCUGGAAGAUAUCCCACAGGAUGAAAAGGAAGCAGCACAGUGGCUUCAUAAGCUUUAUCAGGAGAAGGACGCUUUACAAGAGCAGUACAAACAGAAAGGUGUGUUUCCAGGGGAGAUGAUUAAACCUGCCAGAAGACCAUGGACUUUACUGAAUUUCCUUGGAUGGGCAACUAUCCUUCUAUCUCCUCUCUUCAGAUUUGCAUUUGGUGUUUUCGCAAGUGGAUCACCCCUUCUGAUACUUACAUUCUUAGGAUUUUUUGGAGCAGCUUCAUUUGGAGUCCGCAGACUGAUAGGAGUAACUGAAAUAGAGAAAGGUUCUAGUUAUGGAAACCAAGUAUUCAAGAAAAAGGAAUAAUUAAUGGCUACAGAUUGAACAUGUGUAACCAGAUGGUGUGGUAUCAAAUUAACUUAAUUAAAAACAAAACAACCGAACAAAAAACACUUAGAAACUAUCUUUUUUCUUAUUAACUGGUGACUAAUAUUAACAAAUAAAACUUGAGCCAAGAGUAAAGAAAUUGGAAAGAUUGGCAGAAGAACAACAUCAACUUUCUACCUGUAUUCACAAUGUAAGGAUCUCAAUGUAAUUCAAACUUUGGAAGAAAAUCUGGGUUUAAAAAACUGGUAAUAUUUUGCUUUGCUGAUGGAAAAGGGUGGUAUCAGGAGGAUUUGAAUUUUCCAGAUGACCAAUUUCACAAAUAUGUGAUUUUUUUUUUUAAAGAAAUCUGUGCUUAUAGGAGAAGGCUUGUUAAAUGCUUUUCUCUUAAAACUAAUGUAGUUCUUUAAACUUUAAAAAAAAGAAGAAGAAAAAGAAGAAAAAGAAAAGAAAAGGGGAUGGGGAAGUAUUCUGGCAAGUUUUCCUGCUCUUUCUUCUUCCUUUGAUUCUCCACAAACUUCCCCAGAAAAAAAAAAAGUACCUCUUUAAUUGAAUCAACAGCUUUCCCUACAGUGAAGUUUUAAAUAAAGGGUCAUGGGAACAAGAGUACCUGGCCUCUUCUGUUCUGAAUUUCAGGCAGUCCUUCUAUAUUAUGGAAGGCAUCUGUGAAGAAAUAUUUCUCCUAGUGAAAAGCACAUAUUGAUGAUUUGAAAUCGAGUAUAGGUUUUUUUUUCCCCUUUCCACUUGUAUCUUUUAAUGCUUUUAUUUUCAAGAGCUAAUGUUUGCCCCAUUUUCUAAAUGCAGUGUACUUAGGUCACAGAUAGGGUGUUUUUGAGGCAAGGUAACUCUGGGAACUAUAUCUAUAAAAUGAGAGUUAUUUACUCUGCAGUUUUGCAGCCCUUUUAAAAUUUCUCUAUUACUACUUGAAUCCCAUUCUUUUCCACCAUUUGCCCUGAAGUGGCUACAUUACAUGAAUUUCCUUUUUUAAGAUGCAUCUUAAAGCCACCUAAUUACUUUUCCUAUCUGCCAUACAGUCUAAGGAGUAGCACAUUUACAGAAAUUUUCUAUUAUGUGCAAUGGAGAUAUUCUUUGUUCCUUAUAUCAGAUCUAUAAGAUUCCCUUUAAGUAGUUGUGUCACCACUAAGCUUUCUGUCAUAGGUAGAUGGAGAUAAUGAAGACUUUUUUCCCCAGGUUUUUAUUUUUAACAUAUGAAACAAAUUAAAAUGUUGAUGAAUUUUGAUUUAUUGGUAAAGAGAGAAGGUAAAGAAUUUAGCUUUUUUUGUUUAUUCUUUUCCUUCAUCCAUGCCCCAAACGUAUGACAUGUUUUGUUCCUGGAGGCAGCCCCUCAUUGUAUUUAGGUAGGAUAGUCAUUAAUAUGCAAACAUGCAGAUAUUUCAAAUGUUCCAUGAGUUAAUAGAUGCAAAUUGCUUUGAAAUAGCAUUGAAGAAAUCGUGUCUAAACCCAAGUUAAAUCUUUAUAACUCAGUUGCAUAAAAAAAUUAGAAUCCUUUAUGUUCUAAUUGGUGUCUAAGGAUAAUAUUUUUUACCUUUCUGUAUAAUCCCAAGUCAUAUUAUUUUCCCAAAGUGUUUGCUUUAACUUGUGGCAUUAGGUAAAGAUUUUAGGUCUUUAAGUAAACUGUUUCUUGUUGGAGUUGUUUAUUUUACCACCCAGCCCUGAAAUAUGAAUUCUCAUGAGGGCAGCAGAGGACAGAUUAUCUCAGAAUAAGUGUGUAUCACUCUUCCAGCCAAUCCAUUCCUCCCUCACUAAGCACUAUGUUAUCAGUCCUGCCUUUUUUCUCCUAUUUUCUAGUCACUUUUCCUGUUGCACCUUAGAUAUUGUUAACAUUCACCCUCACCUUCCAAGGGAAAGAAUAUUUCCAAAUGGAUUGAAAUUUUCUGAGAAAGCAGAAGGUAGAAGGAGGGGGAAAUUAAGGCAAACUGAUAAAGCAAUUAUGUAUUGGUCAAUGCUGUGUAUUAGAAAGAUGUUAGUGAGGUCAGAUAUUUUCUUUAUGAAGAAGAUAUUAAACCUAUUUAUAUUUUCUUGGUAACUUCAAUGGAAGGAAGCAGGUAUAGUAAAGGUUGCUUACCAACUACAUUUUAAUCUUAUUCACGAGCUAUGUUUUUUUUUUAAACAAAUUUAUUAUUGAGUUGAAAGGGGGGUGGAAUUAUAACUUUGUCCUCUAUCCUCCUCUUAGUAUAUUCCUUCCUCAUUUUUCUUCCCAACUAAACUGGCAUACAGUACUGUGAAUAAAUAGACUAUCUUUUUAGUUUUUUAGGUUUUCUUUUCAUGAUGCACUAUUUCUGUAUGUGAAUGUAUUUAAGAUCUUUAUAUUAUCAUUUCCUAAUUCUGCCCUUCUCAAUAGUCAUAUCUGGAAAGUUUUGAAGAAAAAAGAUAAGACUAAAAAACUUAACCAUGCAGAGUAUAUUACACAAGGAAAAAAAAGCAACAUGGUAUUUUUUCUAUUUAAUUGAUAUUUCUUAUUUCCCAGAUAGAUGUUUUUUUCCCUUUUAAAUUAAAAUACUAUGUAUAAAUUGACAUUGAUUCAGUAAAUGAAUAAUGAAGAUUAGGAGCUUGGAUCGAAGAUUGAAACAAUGGGCAUAGAUUUUUAUAUCUUAACACUAUUUUCUUCUGAUUUAAUAAAAUAUGGCUUGUACAUUGGACUACCAAGCCCUCUAAAAGCAAUAAUAAACAGUAUCACGAACUA